AUGGCGAAAGCCGACCAAGAUAGUAAGAGGCGGUGUAAAAUAUGCUCCGUUUCUUUCAAGACUGAUUCGCAGUUCGCGGAACAUUGUUUGGAUGCAGAUCAUCAGGGCAACCAAUGUUGCGAGCACUGUAUCAGAUGGUUCUGCAGCAUAAAGGCUUUGGCCCAGCAUAAUAAGGCAAAGCAUGCAAGACUACCAGAGGUAGUCCCAGUUCAACAACAAGAGAUAAAGCUCCCAGCCCCUUUGCCUUCACUGGAAUAUCAUUUCAGAGACUUGAGCUACAAAAGAUCGCCGCUACUCGACCUGGCUACUAUUCACAAUCGUCUCAUUCUCCAAUGCCAUUCUCCUGAGCGACUGAAGAAGGAGGGCUACAUAUUGGGUCGGGACGGUUGCAGUAAUGGAGGACUAGCCGCCAUCACGAACGAAACGAGGAUGCCUCCCUAUCCAGACCCGCUGUGGCCCAAAAGAAAAGCCGCCGCUCUAAAUUGCGAAAUGGUAGGGGUCCGAAGCGGUGACAGCGAGAUAAUAUCCAUCCGCAUUAUCGACUUCUCCACUGGCGAAGUUUUGGUAAAUACCCUUGUGAAGCCUAUGGAGCCUAUCAUUCAGUGGCGCACAAAUGUUCAUGGCAUAUGUCCAGCAACCCUCUCAACAGCUGCGUCUCAAGGACGAGUUCUUUAUGGUUGGGAAGCCAUACGACAACAGCUGUUCAAACAUAUCAACACAGAAACAGUAAUAGUUGGGCAGUCUCUUCAGAAAGAUUUAAAAGGUCUACGGGUUUCACAUGCGAAAAUUUUCGAUACUGCUAUUGUCACAGCAGAGGCUGUGUUUGGACCAGAUGCUGAUUUUGGUCGUCGAUGGAGUCUUCAAUCCCUCUGUGCAGAUUUAUUGAAGCUGUGUAUCCGAAAAGGUCCCAAUGCUCACGAUGCAUUGGAAGAGGCUAUGGCGGCGCGAGAGGUUGCGCUCUGGUGUAUAUGCUACCCCGACAGAUUGAAAAGAUGGGCAGAGAGGGCGCGGAAGAAGCACAAUACUGAGAGGGUAAAACAAACACAUCUUGGGAGAAAUGGAAGGAGGAAAAUGUAUUAUCAGCAUAACGGUGGUGAAGGUGAUAUUGAGGUCCCUGAAUGGGCAGUGGUGGAUGUGUGGACAUGGCCAUCAGGUCAUUAA